AUAUUGCUCUUAUUAACUUCGUCUUUUCCCACCAGGAUAAUAAUAAGAGACACGAGAUAUAAAGACUUGAAGAUAGAACCGAGCAGCCUGACAAGCAGAAAGAUACCAAUGAGCGCGUUGUCAAAGUGCCGCCAGGAUGAAAUUCGCCCACAGUUACGUGAGCACCCUCGAGAAUGAGGGCUUCCCUUCGCAGUGGGUGAGGUCGGCCAUCUCGUACCGCCAGCUGAAGAAGUGCAUCAAGCGGGUGCAGAGCGAGCUGCUGUCGCUGGGACUCAGUCCAGAUGUGCUCAAUCGCUUCUGGCUGACAGAGGACGGUAGCCUGGCCGAUGGCGAGGGAGAUGGCAGGUUGGCCCGUGUGGGAUUUGCAUAUUCGCUCAGGGAAUGCAAAUCUUCCUCCUCCCUGCGCCCCGUUCUGACGUUCGCCAUGGGCUCGGACGAUAAGCCCCCGCGUGAACUACUUAGUUAUCCCGCCAUCGCACAAACGGACAGCAGCAGUAUCAGGUCCAACAGCACGAGCGGCAGCACAAGCAGCAGUGUCGGAAAUAAUCCCUGUAUGGGUGAAUCCGAGAGCUCCUGCACCACGAAAACCGACGCGGACGGGCCCUAUCAGUCGAUCGAGAUCCCCCUCUCCUCCGACGCAGAGUUCUUCCGUCUGCUCAAAGCUGGUCUCUCUAACCUUGAGGACCUGCAGGCGCACGAAAAGAAGGACCUUGAUAGUCAGGUCGGCCUGCUGCGCGAAAGUAUUGUCGAGGUCACAAGUCCGGCGACUCCUGCCAAAAAGGCCGAUCAGGCUGUCAUCUAUGCCUGGCGCGAAGUCUUCCGUAUCUACAUGGAGAUGCAGGUCUUCUUCUCCACGGGCGAAGUAGACUCCGGCGAGCGAUCGUCUGAGGUUGCCCGCCAGCGUCUCGAAGCCUUUCAGACGCAGCUGGUCAAGCAGCAGCACGCCAAGAAGCUUGGGCGCAAUGGCCGGCGCGCCCUUGAGAUGUUUAUGCAUAUCAACCUCGCGGUGCUGCAGAAUCUCAAGUUCCAGGAAAUCAACGGCAUGGCCCUGAGCAAGAUCCUGAAGAAGUUCGACAAGCAAACCGCACUUCACGCGCGAUCGGCCUUUACCAGAACAGAACCGUUUUCCGCCAGCAGUCUCUCAAGGUCUGUCUGCCAGGCAAUCUCUGAGCAGAUAUUAGUAGUUGUGCCGCAGCUGGAUGACUAUCUUUGCCCUGUCUGUUUUACUAUCUCCUUCAAGCCGGUCAGGCUGAGAUGCUCGCACGUUUUCUGCAUUCGGUGCCUAGUCGUCAUGCAGCGCCAGCAACAGGACCACUGUCCCAUGUGCCGAGCCGAGGUUGUCAUGGAGGCAACAAGCAGUAGGUCUUCACCUUUGCCUUUGUACAUCCUUAGCAUAUAUGUUGUUGUUUUAAAACAUACAGUAAUCCUAACAACGUCAUGUAGAAAACCUAGACCAAAAGCUGCUGACCUUCCUGCAGUCAUCCUUUCCCAAGGAAACCAAGGCCAAGCAGAGGGAGAACGAGCGAGCCGCAAUGGUAGAUGUCUACGGCGAGCCUACCGACGUAUGCAACAUGAUGUAACGCGGUCCAAAAAAGACUGACCGUUUCCCGUUUCAAUAUGCCACCUACCCCUGGCGAUAGCGAGACUGCUCGUUGUCCCUGCAGAAAGGAAACAUAUCCGGACUACUUAUACUUAAGUAUGGCGUGCUGCGUAUAUGUACGGGGGGGAGCAACCGCACUCCCACAGCACGUUAUUACCUAUGCAGCCGGUAGCAUGGCGGAUGCGAAGGAUGGACUUCCGGGUCGGCAAGCCUUCUCGGUUGCGCUCGUCGGCCCUACUUGAUAUCUCAUCGGUCCAUUGCACUAACUCACAGUUUACAGAUCUCAUGCCUAUCACCAUCAGGCUUCCCCAAAUUCCUUCUGACAAAACGACCCCAGGUCCCACCGGAAACCCACAAUCCUAUCGAAUUGACAGGGGAGCCAAGGAUGGACUAUUUAUGCAUAAGGCGACGUAAACAAAGCACGCCAGCGCCAACAUGAUACCAAAACACACCCUGUUCAUGGAAUGUCUUAUUUGCUGGGUUUAUACCUUGUCGAAAAAAAUUCUGGACAGGGGGAAUUCUUAACUCUCCAAACCUGACGGAAUGACGAAAAAAAUUUGAAAGAGCGGUGGGAAAGGGGGUCGUCUCUUGCGUCCUUCAGCAAAUAUCAGCCAGAUAUUAAAAAAAAAUAUGCGUCUCCGGCCGCAUCCAUUAGUUUUUGUCCCCGGAGACCUUUGAGAUGAGCUGAUUCCUGACCCCGGGAGUUAGUCAGACGCCUUCGACCGAGAGGCGAAAACUCGAAAGCCCCCUACUUCCACUGUCUCGUUAGGAGUAUACUCCAUGUGGUACUUCAUAGCGAGGAUGACCCCAGCCGCUUCGUACGGAAGCCUCCUUCUCUCUCUG